CCAUUAAAUUGUGAAACUAUGUCGUUCCUGAAUCCAGUCGGUUGAUGGAGCUUGGUAAGAAUCAGACGUUUAUUUUUCCUCCGAGGUUGUUUAUUGUUGCUCUCUUAUUUUCCUUUCUGAUGGUGAAUUAAAAAAAAAAAAAAAAAGAAGGUAAAAGCUGUUUUAAUAGAACGCGAAUGGCCUGUCGACGAUUCGUUCGUUCGUUUUGGUUUCUCGCGUGUGUGACGUUUCGUAUCGUUUGACGAAUGCCCUGUGUGAAACGCGUGUCGAUAAAGAAACGUGACUGCAGGUACGGAGUUCAGGUGAGAAGCAUGCGACUGGUGCAAUUGUUGGUAACACACGGUCUGGUGCUAUUGUCCACGCUGUUGGUACCUUGUCUGUCGGUUACCUUCGAAGAUGGCACUUCCGGUGAGCGGUCUGAGGCGCGCGAAAACCAUGUGCCAGAGCCACAAGAGCAGGUGGCUUUCAACAAAACACGUCAAGGAAAAGGGCUGUUCGAUUGGAUCGGUUUAGGCACAGGACGAAACGUGGAUCCAUACAUAGCAAAAACGAACAAAGGCUGUCUGAAUGGCGACCUGGCGGAAUGUUUCAAGUCUCAAGCUUUAAGCUACUUCUCCGAUUUCUUCGAUCACUCUCACUACGAUCUGAACGAUUACGUAAAGGUCGUUAGAAUGUCCAGGGACGUAGUGCAGGAAGUCAAUCGUCAACCGUAUGAAUAUUCUAGCGAAGCAAGGUCUGGCGACUCUGAAUGGGACCAGUUGAUGAAAUUCGCUCUGAGGAAAGCGGAAAAAUUCGUGAAGACCGUGGCCAUCGAGUUACAUAUUCCUCCUGAAGAAAGUGGAGAGAAUGAGGUUUAUGCGCCACGAUUUUUGGAUGAAAUCGCCGACGAAAUUGACACUCUUGAGAAUAAAAAGGAUACUCUUUUCUCCCGUCACCAAUUGAAGAAACUUCUUAUUCCUAUGCUCAUCGUGUUGAAGCUCUUCAAAUUGAAGCUACUGCUGUUCCUGCCUCUAAUCUUAGGUCUGGCGUCCUUCAAGAAAUUCCUCGGUUUCUUAGCGAUAGUGAUACCUGGUUUAAUCGGAUUUUUCAAGCUGUACAAGCCACUCACGCAGAAUUACUAUCCACCAGUUUAUAGCCAAAGCGGUAUAGCAUAUCCUUAUUACAAGGAAAAUUCCAAUAGUUAUCCUUACUCUGAACAGGCUGAAUAUGCAGGUGGAUAUAACAGGGAUAGCGUGUCUUUCGGACAGGAUCUUGCUUAUCGAGGAUACAGAGAUUACCACUCAUAAAAGUACACUGAAUCUGCUCUCUUAAAUGUCUAAGAAUCUGAUAGAAUUAGAAUAUUUGGAUUGAUUGUAAGCAUUGUCGUUUUUCAUACAAUUGCGUUAGUUUUUAAGACGAGAGAUCUUUGAGAAGUUUCGAAUUUCUAAGGGUUUUAAAAGCGGUUUUUCACUACUUCUACUUGCCUGUGUUUGCUCUCUUUAAUCUAUCGGACGAC